AUUUUCCAACUAUGAAUCUGUGUUGUAACCCAAAUCAAAUCAACAAAUUCUCCCAAAAUUCGACUCUCUGAACUCUGAAGCAUCGAAAAUUGUGUAAUUUUGUAGCCAUUGAUGAGUCGAGGAGUGUGAAAUUUUGUAUAAGAAAUGGGGAACAGAGGCCAUACUCAGUACAGAACGACAAGGAGGACAUCCAAUUUCUCAAUUACUCUCUACAUUUUCCUCUUUUUUGUUUUGUCAAUGUUCGUAUUCUUUUAUUACACUAAGGAUAUCGUAGAAGAUGAACAAAAGCUUGUCUUGGCAUCGGAGAAGAAGGAAGAGCCUGAAUUCGAUGAGAAUGAAGAUAAUUCUGUUUGGGAAGCUUCAAAGAGCCAUGGUUUACAUCCAUGCAUUAAGCCAACUGCAAAAUACAAAGCUGCUCUAGGGUGGAAACGCUACUUGACUGUAAAAAGUAAUGGUGGAUUAAAUCAAAUGAGGACGGGUAUAGCUGACAUGGUGGCAGUGGCACAUGUGAUGAAUGCAACUUUGGUAAUUCCUCAAUUGGACAAGCGUUCAUUCUGGCAAGAUUCAAGUACAUUUUCAGAUAUAUUUGAUGAGAACCAUUUCAUCAAAGCAUUAAGAGGAGACCUCAUGAUUAUUAAAGAGCUUCCUAAAGAAAUAGAAUCUUUACCUCGAGCUAGGAAGCACUUCACGUCAUGGUCAGGAGUGGGUUACUAUGAAGAAAUGACUCAAUUGUGGAAGGAGCAUCAGGUCAUUCAUGUUGCUAAAUCUGAUUCUCGCCUUGCGAACAAUGAACUGCCUCUUGAUAUUCAGAGAUUAAGAUGCCGUGCUCUGUAUAGUGCUCUCCGCUUCUCUCCUCCUAUUGAGAGACUUGGAAAGAAGCUCGUGGAGCAGCUGCGAACCAGAGCAAAAAGAUAUGUUGCACUCCACUUGAGAUAUGAGAAGGACAUGCUGUCUUUUACUGGUUGUACAUAUGGUCUUACUGAUGCAGAAGCAGAGGAACUUCGGGUGAUGAGAGAGAAGACAAAUCAUUGGAAGAUUAAGGUUAUCAACUCAACUGAACAGAGAAUUGGUGGUUUCUGCCCUCUCACUCCAAAAGAGGUCGGAUUAUUUCUUCAAGCUCUUGGUUAUCCUCCGUCAACAUUUAUAUAUAUUGCUGCUGGAGAAAUUUAUGGUGGUAACACUCGUCUCUCAGAGCUCAAAUCUUACUUUCCAAAUGUUGUUUUCAAGGAAAUGCUGGCAACACCAGAACUGAGAGAGUUUGCAAAUCAUGCCUCACAAGCUGCAGCACUCGAUUAUCUAAUCUCUGUAGAGAGUGAUGUUUUCAUUCCAUCACACUCAGGUAAUAUGGCAAGAGCAGUUGAGGGGCACCGCAGAUUCUUAGGCCACCGGAAAACAAUCACUCCGGACAGGAAAGGCCUAGUUGAAAUAUUUGAUCAGCUGGAAGCUGGUCAGCUUGAUGGAUCAUCAUUUUCACAUCUUGUCAGGCAUUUGCAUAAGAACAGGCAAGGUGCUCCAAGAAAGAGGGCUGGAGCUCCCCCGGGAGUCAGAGGUCGAGCAAGGUCAAGACUGGAAGAGUCAUUUUACCAAAAUCCAUAUCCAGAGUGUAUAUGCAGUUCUAGAGAGUAAGAAAGUAAAAGGGGUGCUUCUUGUCUGCUUCCAGCCAGCAGGUCUCUCUUGUUCUCAGUCAUCUAAAUGUCUGAAAUCAUAUAUUUUCUACCAUCUUAUUCGGCUUCAAUUUCUCUGUUCUUAAUUAUUUGUUGGCCAAUUUAGCUAACUUUUGUUUUCUUACAUUAGACUAGUGAUUAAGUAUCUCGGUACAUAUGCAUUAUGACACUUCUAUUGUCCGUCUUUCGCCCUCUUCCUCGGUCCCUCUUCCUCCAAUUCUUUUUUUCAUUCUUUAUCUUGUAAACAAAUGAUGUUAUAUUGGAAUUAAGGAGCAAAACUGUUUGAUGUCUUUGUAAA